CCUUUUCAAACCACACAUACAUAUGAUAUGCAUGUAGUCAAUGCCAUACCACAAACUGAGUGAAGAAAAAAGAGGAUGGGUUCAUAUUCCCCUACCAAUAUUCUAUCAGAGCCACCGCAACGCCGCCAUGUUGUUCAGUUCCCUAGCUUUCAUGUCCAAAGGCCACACCAUCCCACUCCUCCACCUCUCCCGCCUCCUCCUCUCCCGCGGCCUCGCCGUAAUCGUCUUUACCACCCCGGCCAACCGCCCCUUCAUCGACCAAUUCCUCUACGGCGACACCGCCGCCUCCGUCGUAGACAUCCCUUUCCCUCAAAAUAUCCACCCCGAAAUCCCCGCCGGCGUCGAGAGCACCAACAAGCUCUCCUCCGUCGACGAACGCCUCUUCUACCCCUUCGCGCUCGCCACGAAACACAUGCAAGUUGACUUCGAGAAAGCUCUAGGCUCUCUUCCACGUGUCAGCUUCAUGGUCUCUGACUCCUUCCUCUGGUGGUCGCUAGACUCCGCCACCAAGUUCGGCUUCCCGAGGCUCGCCUUCUACGGCUUCAACAACUACGCUGGCUCCGUGACCAGAUUCGUCGCCCAGAAUGGCCUCCUCCACGGCCCCGAGUCCGAUAACGAGUUAAUCACGCUGACUCGGUUUCCUUGGAUCAAAAUUACCAAAGAGGACUUCGGUUCUUCUUUCAGAAACCAUAGUCCUGAAGGCUCGGAGUUUCUCAUGAACGUCGUGGGAGCCGUCGUUAACAGCUUCGGCGUUGUCACAAACAGCUUCUAUGAGCUCGAACCAGUCUUCGUCGACUACUGGAACACCGAGUCUUCGCCCAAGUCAUGGAAUGUGGGACCACUCUGCCAGCUGAAACCUAAAUCAGUACUCCAAGAUGACAAGCCUGUCUGGAUUGAAUGGCUAGACAAGAAGAAGGUUGAAGGGAGCCGUGUUUUGUACGUGGCAUUCGGAACUCAAGCGGUGAUCUCAUCGGAGCAGCUUCAAGAGAUAGCAAACGCGUUGGAGAAGUCGGACGUCAACUUUCUGUGGGUGAUAAGGAAGAAAGAGAGCUAUACUUGGUGGGACUCGGAGUUCGAGGAGAGGGUGAGAGGGAGAGGGAUGGUGGUCAGCGAGUGGGUUGACCAGACGGAGAUACUCAACCACGAGAGCGUGGAGGGUUUUUUGAGUCAUUGCGGGUGGAACUCGGCGAUGGAGGCCAUUUGCGCCGGAGUGCCGAUUCUGGCGUGGCCAAUGAUGGCGGAGCAGCCGCUGAAUGCGAGGAUGGUGGUGGAGGAGAUAAAGGUUGGUUUGAGAGUAGAGACGUGCAACGGGUCGGUUAGGGGGUUUGUGAAGGCGGAGAGGCUUGAGAAGAUGGUGAAGAAGUUGAUGGAGGGGGAGGUGGUGAGGAAGAAGGUGAAGGAGGUUGGUGAGGUGGCGAGGAAGGCGGUUGAGGAGGGCGGGUCCUCGUGGCGGACGUUGGGGUUGCUCAUUGAUGAGAGCUUUGGCAAGAGCUUGGUGGAUUUCAUGUCUCAGGUCGGGCGAAGAAGGGGAGGUUUUCGAAUGGAGGAUCGUGACAUCAACAACGACAUGGCUGAAAUCAAAAGGAUGCUUCAGCAACUUGCUGUACGUAUUGAUCACAUCGAAGCUCGACGACGGAGUCGUAAGAGUUCCGACAGGGAGAGAGACGUUACCACCUAUCAUCAACGUGUUGAUCGCAUCGAAAUUUUCUACCAAGAUGGUGACAGUUUCGACGGGGAGAUAUGCAUUGGCCCAAUUCAUAAUUGUGCUUCGUUGUGUGAGUCAAAUGAAGAGGGACAUAUAUAGUACUUUCAACUAUUCCGGUUGUAAGUCCACUAUCUUUAAUUUUCCAUUUGUUGAGGAAGUAUUUUUAGAAAAUGAAAAAAAUAAUUUCAUGAGUUUUGAUAUACCACCGAAGUAUGAUUGUUAUGAAGAUUCUGAAGUUUGUGAUGGUGGUGUGGAGGACCAAAGGAAAAAUGAAUUUGUUCCUAGAAAUUGUGAUGAUGAAGACGACAAUAAAGCUGCAAUCAAGUCAAUAUUGUGGAAAGAUAUUGAGCAUAAAUUUGUUGAUUUUGUUGGAGUUAAUGCAUUCAUUAUGCAUAUUCCCAAAGAAUUAGUUAAUCUUGUCACUCAGAUAAAAGAUGGUGAGAAAAAUUUUGGGAUUGCAAAGUUAAUGUUGGAGAGAAAAUUUAUGGGGUCAAGGUUAAUCAUUUAUUCCAAAUAUCUAUUUGUUUGGAAAGGAAGGAUUCAAUUGCAAGUUAAAGGUUCAACAAAAGAUCUGAAGCAAUGGAAGACUUUGUCAGGAUUUCUUCAAUCAAUGACUCGAAUUCGAGGGCGAAUUCUUUCCAACCAGGGGAGUAUGAUGCGGGAGCAUAUGUGGCAAUAUCAAAUGAUGCAUUUGAUAUUUAAUUAUGGAUAUGUAAUCGUCGAUAAUUAUUGUCUAGACAAUUUUAGGGCAUCUUUUUUGCAUCUAAUUU